GCCAAGGCAUUGCCGCCACCAGCCGACUCGCGACGAACUAAUGGGACCUCGACUUCGCGGAAACUCGUCAGCAGCAUCCGUCGCGACGCCGUCAGGUGCGCAGCAGCCGCCACGCACCCUGGCUAAGCGCGUGUUCAAAGCGCUGAGGAAACAGGUGCCUUGUGUUGCGUCGGACUUUGUCCUGCCAUUCCGCCACCAAGCGCCGCUGGCCACAUACUUCCACGACUUGGCCAAUGCCACCGCCGGUAUCUCCGAUUACACGUUGGACUUUACGCCCGACGAGUUCACUGCGGCUGAGGCCGUGGAACUGACGUGGGUGCCACCAAAGUACGCGAAAACUUCCAAGAACGUGUACAUUGUCAAGAAAGCGCCCAUGGCCCAAGCAUCUGCGAGCAGUCGAUGCACGUGCUACGGCCAAGACCACCAGCGAGGCAGCUCGUCGCGACCGACAGCGUCAACGUCAUCCGUUGCAGUGAAACAUAAAGACGUGUCGUAUUGCACUGACACAUGCCACAACAAGCUGGUCUUGAUCGAAUGUGGCAAGGACACGUGCUCGGCACCUGACCCAACCAAGUGCCGCAACCGCCCGUUCCAACACAAAGCCACCAAGUCCACACGGGUCGAGUACAUGGGACCCAAGGGCUUUGGGCUCGUGGCGGAUACAUCCAUCGAAGCCGGCGACUUUGUAGUGGAAUACGUCGGCGAAGUCAUCGACGAGGCCAUGGCCGCUGACCGCCGCGCCGCGAAUAUCGCGUCGGGACAAACCCACACGUACAUGCUCGAGAUGGAAAAAGAUAUUUUGAUCGACGCCCAGUACAAGGGCAACGUGAGUCGCUUUAUCAACCACAGCUGCGCGCCCAACUGCAGCGCUCAAAAAUGGACGUGCGAAGGCGACAUCCUCCGCAUCGGCAUUGUCGCCCUCGCGCCCAUUGCUCGCGGCGAAGAAAUCACAUUCGAUUACCAGUUUACCCACGUGGGGGCGCAAAGCGUCGCGUGUCAUUGUGGGGCUGCCACGUGUAAAGGCCAAAUGGGUUUCAAGAAGAGAGACUCGGUCAAGGCCGACGAUAAACCUGGCGACGGGGACCAGCCGUGGCCGCGACCGAUCAAAGUGUCGUCGCUCGCGUUGUUCAAAAGCGCUCAUUUGAACCGAGACUGGAUCGACGAGUUUGGGUAUGCCAGGAAGCGCCUCUUCCUCAGCCAUGCCGUGCCAGAUGACGUCGACAUCGACACGUACUUCCUCUCGACCCGCCCCACUAAGCGCCAGACCACACCGUCCAACUGGUACCACCGCGUCCUCACGCACCCGCCAGUGCCUUGCACGUCGUUCCUCGCUGGCGGUUUGCUCGAUUACUCGACGUUGUUGCUCCGUGAAUCGGUCACGACCAAGACCAUGCCAUGCUCCAAGCCACGACCGCGCCGCAAGUCGCUGCUCGAGUCGCGGUACCAGCUGAUUAAAGGUACUCGCUAGUUUCGACAAUACGAGCAUGUACGUGUUUGAUGAUGAUGGUUGGUGUAGACGUGCACGAGUUUGCCGAAGGGCGAUCGGUGUGGAACCGCCGCCUUCGUGUUACCCAGAACCAGUUGGACGUCGGUCGGAUCUACCGAUUCGUCGAAAACAUUGAAAACGGCGUGCACCACCAACAUGGCGAAACGAACGACUUGAACGAAGAUGCGUGCCAUCGGUGCGGCACGGCCGGCGAAUUGAUAUGCUGCGACGGAUGUCCUGCCGCGUUUCAUUUGUCAUGUGCGGGUCUCCACCGCUUGCCGCCCCCUACCGUGGACUGGUAUUGUCAGACUUGCAAACGGUCGAAAAGCGUCGUGAGUGCAUCCCAACGAACGGCGCAGGCGAACGCGAUCUUCCAAGUGGGUCCUGCCCCCGAGACGAAGCGAUGGCUCAAACGCAAGGUCGGUCGACCCAAGAAGCUCGUGGUGCCCUCGAGGGAACCUGUCAACACGUCCACGGCCUCCCCAGACAGAGUAGACAUGGCAUAGAGAAAAGGGAUGUAUAGAUUUAAAUGUCGUCGACUUUCACUGG